AUGGCUCCUCAGACAAAGGCGGCCAACGGUGCUGCUGCUGCAGCUACUAACGGUAACGUCGAUUAUGAGCCCAUCAAUGUCAUUAUUCCCAUUGGCGGCAUCGGCUCCCGUUUCGCAAAGCAGGGCUACCGAUACCCCAAGCCCCUUAUCAACAUUGUCGGCCGGCCCAUGCUGUUGUGGUUGAUCGACAACCUGAGCCUCAAGCCUGGCGACACCUUAUGGAUGGCCAUUAACGAGGAAGUCGACGAUGAGUUCAGAAUCGGCCAGCUCGUUAGCAAGACCUUCUCCAAGAUCGACUUCAGACUCCUGCGGUUGCGCCACCAAACCAAGGGUGCCAGCGAAACGCUGUACAUUGUCACUCAGAGCAUGACGAAGAAGCAUCUCGAGCGCAAGACUGUCUCUCUCGACUGUGAUACUAUCUACUGGGCCGAUGUCCUACAGGACAUUCGCAACAUGCCCAAGGGCCACGGUGGCUGCUUCUACUUCCCCGACGUCGGCGACAAGCCCAUCUUCUCCUACAUCAAGACGGAGCCCAACAGGGACGGCCUGGAGCGCAUUGUUGAUAUUCAAGAAAAGAAGGCCAUUUCCAACAAGGCAAACACGGGCGCAUACGUCUUCCCUACCGCUGGCCAGCUCAAGUCAUGGGCCGCCGAGAACCUCGACAUGAAGAGGCCCGACGGGUCCGAGGUUGGUGAAUACUACACCUCGCAGAUGAUCGCCCUCAUGAUCCAGCACGGCGUCCCUUACCUGGGUAUGCCUCUGAGCACAAAGGACUUCAGCGUCGUCGGCACCCCCGAGCAGCUGCAGGACCUCUUGAAGCUCCUCAAGACCGAUACCUCCAACUUGCCCAUCAAGUUGAAGAAGCGUCGCUUCUGCUUCGACCUCGACAUGACCCUGGUCGGCGUUCCCGCCGUGCCUGGCGACUACUCGACUUGCCCUCCCAUCGAGAAGAACAUCCGCCUGGUGCAGCAGCUGUACAAGGCUGGUCACUACAUCAUCAUUCAAACGGCGCGUCGCAUGCGCACACAUCACGGCAACAUGGGCUCCGUUCUCGCAGACGUUGGUCCUGUUACCUUCGCCCAGCUGGCUAAGUAUGAGAUCCCCUACCAUGAUAUCCACUUCGGCAAGCCCUACGCCGACGUCUACGUUGACGACCUGGCGGUCAAUGCCAACCUGGACACCAUGCGGGAGAUUGGCUGGCUGCUGGACGAGCACGACCCCGAGGCGCUGAUCGGACCUGAUGCCGGCACCGCCGACGAGGCAAAGAAGGCGGGCAUGAUUGCGGCACGCGACUUCAACACAAUCCAGAUCAUCGGUGACAAGGUCAUUAAAUCGAGUAAGUCGGAGAACAUCCUCGGCGAGCUCUUUUUCUACUCCCACAUGCCCUCCGAGAUCGCCCACAUCUUCCCCACCGUCUACAACGUCGACUACAUCCCUGACACCACCACCUACAACAUCACGAUGGAGAACCGCAGGGGGCUGACCUUCUCCCAUCUGCUGGUGGGCCGCUCCAUCACCAAGGGCCGCCUCAUCUCCCUUCUCAAGUCCCUGCACACCAUCCACACGACCGCUAGUACCGACAAGCCCACCCUCAACAUUCCCGCGGCGCUGGAGAAGAAGUUCGAGGAGCACUCACUCGCGCGGGCCAACCACCGUGUUAACAUUUACGCCAACUACGGUUCCAAGCUGCGCAGCCGCUACUACCAGCAUCAGAAGAAAUACGACGCCCUCGGUCCCCUGGCGGCGUCCCUCUUCGCGCGCAUCAACGAGUUCCUCGACACAUACGAGGCCGAGGAGAAGGGCGUGCACGCACAGGUCAUCCACGGCGAUCCCGUCUUCAGCAACGCCAUCCUCUCCAAGGACGAGAAGCUUGUCAGCUUCAUUGACGUGCGCUGCCAGCUCGAGAACACGCUGACGCCCGAGGGCGACAUCCACUACGACCUCGGCAAGGUUCUCCAGUCUCUCUGCGGCUACGACCACAUCCUCUUCAUGAGCGCUAACAACCACGACCUGCGCGGUGCCCUCGACAACGACACGCCGCUUCUCGACGAGGCCGACCAUGACCUCCUCAACGAGCUCCAGGAGCACUUCUUCACCUUCCUCGAGGAGACGUACUCGGUCCGCCUCCACCGCAAGACCCUCUUCCGCAUCACUGCUUCGCUCUUCUUCAGCCUCAUCCCCCUACACCGCCCCGAGCUCGGCGCCGUCUUCCUACGCAUGUGCAAGGAGACGCUCGACAAGGCGAGCAACAUCAACUACGGCCCCAAUGCGCGCUCCAUCGCCGGCCUGACUCUUAGCCGCCGCGCGAGCUCCAACUUCGGCACCGAGGAGAGCGGUCGUGAGAUGCCCAUCGUAUCGGGCAAGGGCGAGUCGCUGGAUGUGCCCAACGUUGUCGUUACCGCGAAAUAG